AUGGCCUCCCAGGCGCUACAGGAGCCGCUGCUGCCCAAGGACGUCGCGCCCGUCGCGUCCACGGGCGCGCCGGACGCCAAGAUCAAACACCGCCGUGUGAUUCUCGCCAAGCUUCGGCCGACUGGCCGCGUCGCCGUCGACGGCUUAGCGUCCGAGUAUGCGGAUGCCUUCACACCACCGCUGCAGAAGCUCAUGCCCGAAGCCGACUUCCGUGCUGCGAUUGCCGCCAUCAACCAGACGUGCUACGACUAUUUCCCUUGCACGACGUGCGUCGUGUACGCUUACUUUGGCGUCGCCUUGUCCUGCGGUCUCCUCUUUUGCUGCAUCCGGCCGUGCACGGGCGAGGUCGAAGAGAACCUCGAGAUCGUCAUCGACCGCAUCAACGCCAAAGAGGUGUUUCGGGACCAAGGCGUAGCGUGGAGCCUCGAGCGCACGCACUGCCACUCGUGGAUCGAGAUCACGCAGUGCCCCGAGGCCCGGCGCCAGUCGGCGUCGCACCGCCACUCGAUCUGA